CCACCUCGCCAGGAAAAUUCCUGGGACCACUGCCUAUGGUGGUGCACCUGGUUCCGGAUUACAGAUGGAUACCCCCUAUGGAACUGCACCUGGUUCCGAAAUGACUACUGGUACCGGCACCCAUGAUGUUGGUUUUGGGACCAGUACUGGUGGCGCACCUGGUUCUGGAUUACACAUAGAUACCCCCUAUGGUACCACACUUGGUUCGGGAAGGAUGACCGGUACAGGUGCACAUGAUGCCAGUAUAACAGCCGACCAGGGCAUGUCUGGUGCUGCACCUACUAGCCAUGCUAUAGGUCAAGAUCAACCGGCAGGCCCCACAGAAUUUCAACGCUCCCCCAGCUCCAGCCCUGGCUCGUCCGAGGAUGAUGGACAAGGCGGGAGGAGGAAGAAGAAAGGCUUGAAGCAGAAAAUAAAGGAGAAACUAACUGGGAAACAUGAGGAGGAGCAGUCCCAAUCCAUUAGUGUCAUCACAACUACUACCACCAUGAAAGCUACCUUCACUGCCGAAGAAGUUCCUCCUGCGGGCCAGGGCCAGCAUCAGCAACAUGACAGCCAUGAGAGAAAAGUUUCAUGGAGAAGAUUAAAGAAAAAUUACCAGGCCACUAUAACCACUAAAGCUUGCAAUAUGUAUUGUAAUAUGCAUGUACCAUUAAUUGUGUGUGCUUAUUAAGUUUGGUCGAAUAGUAAUGUGGUUUUGUCAUUUAUGCGUUGAAAAUAUAUAGAAGGCCACAACUUGCAAGUUUCUGAAGGAGUAUGGUGCAAUAUCUACUCAUAUUUCAUGUGACAUUUUCUCUGACAUCUUUUCCCUACGAUCUGGUGAAGUCUGUGCAUUAGAUUAGACCCUCCUCAGACUUGAGGUAAUUGACGUGUCCAUCAUAAUUAAUUGGUUAAUGGUUA